CGACCUUCGAGAGUCGAGGUCAAGACUUGACAGGUGCAGCUGUUCUGGUUCUCUGUCGAUGCUUUCACCCCUGCCUCCAGCCUGGCGACACGCUUGUGCGUUGCGAGCGGCUGAACCAUGGAGCUCACUCGAAUCUUCACAAUCGCUAGCUUCAUAUUGAGACGCCAUGCUACUGGACAGAUUGGACAAAGCUUCGACGAGCCUUGGCAGAAUCAAUGGCACCAUCGUGAUCCUCCACCUGCGGUAUCUCGAGUUCGACACUGGGCCAUUACUGCCCGCCCAGAUCCCAGCGUCUCUUUGACCGUGUCACGGUAUACGGUUGAAGGUUUGCACCCAGAGUAUGUUAAUGUUUCGUGGGUCAACCUGUCAGUUUCCAUGUCGGAUGCUUGGGUGGGAUUGUACCUGGCCGACGAGGGUAUCACGCAAGUUGUACCCCUCAAGUACAAUUUUUGCAACGCGAGCCGAUCCGCAAACAACACAAAUACGACCGGCAGCCUGUCGUUCAGGAUUCUUAACUAUCGCAGCGACCUUAUAUUCCGUCUCUUCCGUGGCUGGGAGAGGCCCGUCUUCAUCGCCGAGUCCUCGCGAAUUGCAGUCCGAGCGCCUGGUCACCCAACUGGUGUGCGGCUCAGCCUCACGGAUGCAGCGGGCGAGGUUGCCAUCACUUGGACGAGCACGCGUGCUCAGGAGGAGGGCGCCGCGGUCAAGUACGCGGUGCUCGACUCUGACGGUCACAUUGUCAGGAGCGGUGUGGCUCGGGCAUCUGGUAUGGCAAGCUACACGCGCAGCGAGCUGUGCGGUGCACCGGCCAGUGCCGAAGGCUUUCGCGAUCCUGGUGCGUUCUAUACUGCCAAGGUUAAGGACCUCGAGCCAGGCUCCACCGUGAGUUACCGUGUUGGGUCAGACCUCGAGGGGGGAUGGAGCAGAGAUUUCCUGUUUCGUGCGCCGCCGGCCCCUGGCGCCCGGACGAAAAUCUUCGCGUUUGGGGAUCUUGGCGAGCAUCCAAGAGACGACAGUGCUCAAGGGCAGGGCGAGCCGUGGUAUUCCCUGCCACAGUAUGCAUACGGCGACCCUGGGGUGCAUAAUACCACCGCGGCAAUGCUUGCGGAUCAUCAGUCAGAUCCUGCAGACCUCGUUCUGCAUAAUGGUGAUCUGUCUUACGCCAUGGGUUACGGUUCGAUGUGGGAGGUUUUCCAUGACAACAUUGAGCCGCUAUCCACACAGGUCCCCUGGAUGGUAACGAUUGGCAAUCAUGAGCGAGACUGGCCAGACACCAAUAGCACAAGUUUCGGUUCCUUAGACAGCAUGGGCGAGUGCGGUGUACCGACGAUGAGACGCUUUGCUGCACAUCCGUUCGUCUCCCGUAGUCGGCCACCCAACGACAAGCCGUGGUACACGAUCACUGUAGGGGUGUUAAGUCUCGUUGCAAUUUCGACUGAGCACGAUAUCAUGCCGGGCAGCGAACAAUACUCAUGGCUCGAAACGAGCUUGGGUGCAGUGCACCGCCUUACCACACCAUGGUUAAUAGUAGCUGGACAUCGGCCUUACGCGGUAGAUUCGGAUUGGAUAGGUGAUCAGAAUUUUUCAAAAUAUCUGCAGACCUCUAUUGGUAAUCUCCUGGAAACGUAUCGAGUGGACCUCGUGCUUGGAGGCCAUCAUCACUCUUACCAGCGUUCAUGCCCUAUGCGCGGUGGCUGCUGCGCGGAAUCUGGCCACACAGUCUUAAACGUCGGAAUGGCUGGCGCUGGUCUGAAUUCAAUCAGCCCAGCCACGCCACCCGUAUUCCAAUUCGCGGAUGACCAGCAUUUCGGCUAUUGCCGCAUUGUGGCCGACGACGUGCGCCUCAUUGCCGAGUAUGUUCGCAGCGACAGUCGUGAUGUCUAUGAUUCCGUUAUUCUGUCCAAGCAGCCCGGGCCCAUCAAUUUCACGUGAAGUUUGCGCUCGGCGCAAGUGGAGUUCGGCGCAGAAGAUCAUGGCCAGUUCGAGGAGAAACCGACCCUUUUCACGAUAGCAGGGCUCGAUCCACCAGGUCUGGGCGGAGGGGCCGCACUCCACCGG